CUCAGGCUCCGCGCUGCCCCGGCCGCUGCCUCCCCUCCCCUCCCCCGCGAGAGAGACGGGGUUCCCCGGCACCCAGCCAGGGUCUUCCUCCUCCUUGCCCCAUCAUGGCGGUGGAUAUCGAGUACGGAUAUGGCUGCAUGACUCCCCCAUUGCGCCGGGACAGGUUUGCCUACAAGAUCCUGCCCAAACCCACCAAGCCCCUGCGGCCUUGCCUUCAGCUGAGCAGCCAGAUGGCCCCCCUGGUCCAGGAGAAGAAGGCCAAAAAGCGCGUGUCCUUUGCAGAUCACCAAGGGCUGGCCUUGACCAUGGUGAAGGUGUACUCGGAGUUCGAUGACCCCCCGGACAUCCCAUUCAACAUUGCGGAGCUUCUGGAGAACAUCGUGACCCUGACCACGGCCGAGUGCGAGAGCUUUGUCUUGGACUUUGAGCAGCCGUCCACCGACUACCUGCGCUUCCGGGACCGGCUGCAGGCCGACCGCGUGUGCCUGGAGAACUGCGUGCUGAAGGACAAGGCCAUCUCAGGGACCGUGAAGGUCCAGAACCUCGCCUUCGAGAAGUCGGUGAAAAUCCGCAUGACCUUCGACACCUGGAAGAGCUUCACGGACUUUGAGUGCCAGUACGUGAAGGACACGCACUCGGGCUGGGACAGGGACACCUUCUCCUUCGCCAUCGGCCUUCCUGAGAAGAUCCAGUCCUACGAGAGGAUGGAGUUCGCCGUGUGCUACGAGUGCAGCGGGCAGACGUACUGGGACAGCAACGAGGGCCGGAACUAUCGGAUCAUCCAGGCGGAGCUCCAGGGCACGCAGGGUGGGGCGCCGCCCCGCCCUGGGGCUGACUUGGGGAUCUCUCUGGAUCACUUUGGGAGUCCUCGGUGCUCCUACGGCCUGUACGCAGAAUGGCCAAGCUAUCUGGGAUAUGAGAAGCUGGGCCCUUACUAUUAGCCGCCGCCGUGGGAUGGAUGCUUGUUCUGUGAGAUGAGAGAUGUGCCUGGUUGGGGGCCCCCGUGCCCUCGGCCAAAGGCUUCUGGGCUCCUAGCAGCCGAGGAGAGAGACACCAAAGGCAGACUGCCCUGGGGCAGGGCGCUGUUUGCUAGGAUACUGGCCAGUCCAAUCAGGAUUAUACUCCCCAAACACAGGCAUUCACUCGAGGUGCACCGAGCUACCAUCGGCGGCACUCCGAGAAACUCGGUGCUGGAGACCGUGGGGCUUGGGGGUGGGGUCUGAGUUGGAGUCAGGGGCCUUCCAGGGACCUCCCAAGGCACUAAUCACCAAACCAGGACAGGUUUACAAAGCGCUUUCUUCACAGGCACCCUCUGAGGGAGGGGGUGUGAGUGAUUUUAGCCCCAUUUUACAGAGGAGGAAACUGAGGCCCUAAGAUGGGAAGUGACUCCCCCGGGGUCACUCAGCUGGGAAGGGGGCGAGUCAGGUCUCUUGACUCCUCUCGGCCUGUCUAGCACUUGUCUGCUACAUUCAGCUGCAGCUAGCAGCAGGUUUCAGGGGGUAUUGUGGCCUUCUCCAUGCAUUUCUUAGAGCACUAGGAAAUAUUGCUUCCCAGUGGGGGUAGGGCGAGCAUCCCCGUCCUGCUCUCUUCAGCUCUUGCCGGGCACUCUUGGCUCUCUCCUGAUUCAUGCUGCUAUUCCACACCUGACGGACACCAAACACUCACUUUGGUUGGUAGUGCUGUUGCUGAUGGUUGCACGCUGAUGGGGGCUCAAGGGAGUUUAUUUCCCAACACAGUUCCUCUUCCCUUCAGGAAAAACAGACAAAGUAGAGAAGUUUGGGACUAGCUCUUCUGCCUCCCUCCCCUUUUCCUGGCCCGCCGUGGCCCCCCCCCCCCCCAAAGCCAAUGUCUUGGUCCCAAAGCAGUCUCGGCGGCUUUAAGCAGGCCUGUUUACCUGGGGAGCCACCGGACUAAGCCCUGGUCCCUGUGGCCUGGUGCUGCCUGUUGUCUUAGCCUCUGUUGGCCAAGGUCAGUGAUCUCUGAGGAUUACGCGGGGGGAGAAGGAGUGGGGCAGCCGUGUCUUCAUGUCCUGCUGAAAUGGCACGGGUGAUGGUUUGGUGAAUCCCUUCCAAGGUCAACCUCAGUGUUGUAGAUGGGUUACUCCAGGUCAUCUGUAACUUCCUCCUUAAAAAGAAGGAGCCAGUUAUGGGGUUGUGCAUUUGGAGCUGGGGACCUGGGUGUAAAUCCUCCCUUGGCCUCUUGGGUGGCCUUGCAUGAGUCCAUUCAUAGGAUUUAGAGCCAGAGGCAUUUUUGGGAGGCCCCAUCUGUCGUAUGCCCAAUAUCUCAUCGCUGGGAGGAGGCCAAGCUAGAGUUCAAGCCCACGUUCUUCCCAAGGUGUCUGGGCCUCAGUUUCUUCAUCUGUAAUGGGGGUGGGGCUGCUUGUUUGUAACCCUCCCGGGUUCCUGGCAGCUCAAACCUGCUCCUUGCCUUUGGGAGUGUGGCCUGGUCUGGACCAGAGCUAGAACUGGGAGGGGCGACUCGUACCCAGCCCCAGGAGGGGGGAGACAGCGGCUGACCUGGCUAACCGCCGAGAAGCAGCUGAAGGUGCUCGGUGCCAAGGGAGACGAGUGAGCGGUGGCUGCCCUACCUUCUGCCUCCGCGAGCGAUCCAGGACUAGCCCUGUGCUGUAAUCAGCACCGGAGAGGGAACUCCCAGGGGAGCCCCUUCCUAUGGCGUCCUGUCUCAUUGCCCAAGGAACGGAGAGGUUCAGUCCCUUGGCCACAGUCGCACACCCAGCAUGUCGAUGAGACAGGAAUAGAACCCAGGUCUUCUUGGCUUUGCCCCCACUGCCCGGCACCCCCGAGGAAGGUGGAUCAAGUCUUAUACCUGAAGGGGGUCACUUUCCCAUCUGUGAUGGGGAGCCCCCUCCCUGAGGCAGUCAGCCCAUUUCCCUGUCCAGUUACUUAGGAAAUGAGGUGGUCCAUCGCUCAGGGCAGACGUGCCAGACCCAGUGCAGUCAGCCAGCCUGGUGGCUCACUGACUUUGGGCAGUGUCUCUGGGGCGGAGGAAGCUCUAUUUUUUUUAAAGUAGAUUUAUAGUGGGGGGCGGGGGGUGGAGGAGAUGGAGACUCUCCUCUCCAGAAAUCAAACCAACCUUCUUCGGUGCCCCAGCUUCAGUGUUUGAAGUCGUCUCUGUAAGGGAGGGGUAGGACAGCCUCAGGACAAGGGGGUCUAGAGCUGGGCCGUCCCGCGGGGGCAGCGGCCACCCAGCCAGAGCCAUCAGGGAAGGGAGCACACCCCCAGCGCGCCCUGGUGGGACUGAGGCGAUGGCCCACCCGUGAGAGGCGUGGGGGGACAUGGAGGGCUAGCUCCCAGACACAGCGGUGGGACAGGGCCCUUGUUAGCCCAUGUGAAUGGACAGCCCGGGAAUCCUCCUCUGCGGUGUGCCCAACGUGCCUUGUAAAAGAUGUUUCUGCGUGUUUUUCAGAUAAAAGAUAUUUUUUAUAUGCACAUAUUCCAGGGAAAUGCACUUUACAAUCAGGAAUGGGUCGACAGGCGGGCACCAAGCUAUCUGUCAAAGAGACUGGGUUUUGUUUUUAAUCUGAAAAGUGAAAAGGCAAUAAAGCUUCUGAAGGAAACAUGA